UGUGUGAUAUAGUAUUAUGAGCAAACACGCAACACUGUUAUGCUUGAGAAGUGUGUUUUGUGUGUCACUUAUACAGACUCUAACAUUUGUAUAUGUAAAGUUGUGUGAUGUGCCCUUGAUUUCUAGGCAGCGUUUAAUUAGCAGAUUGAUUUGUACUCCUGGUGUUUGGGCAUCAUCAUGAGAUACAUGUGUAUAUAGGUAUAGAUCAGGUAUCACAUUUUCAGGCAAAAUUGUUAUAUAAUUUGAGAAAAAGUUUACUUGUCAGAAGUUUAAAAACAGGCGUGUUUGAUGUUUAAAAAAGUAUGUGGAAUAGGAGAAGGCAGAAUACACAUUUCCUUUUCCUUUUUACCCUGUUGCCUAAGCAUUAUCUGCUAUUCUGUAAGUGUAUAUUUUGUGUUCAGAAGGACUUUUUCCUUCGAAGAGAAAGCGUGGAAUUUUCCAGAUUCGUGACAUUGAUGUCUUUUUCUGCCACAUUCUAACAGCUUACUUAUCAUGAACAGCGAAGAACAUUACCCUCAUUUUUCUUCUUCUUUAUCCUUCCCUCAAAUCAAAAACCUAGGUUUGCUUUUCAGAAUGCAAAUUAGAGACGUAUUCCACUAGCAGUUGCAGUCAGUAACAUUUACUUCUUUGAAUUGUUUUUGAGUAUAUUAAAAAAUAAAAAUAAUGCUGCUGAAACAAAGUUAUAUCACAAAUCUUCAACUACCACAGAAAUUUAUUUCAAAAAGAGCUAAUGUUUUCAACUUAAGACUUCCAUGCCACAGUUACCUUAAGGACUACGGUUGAUUCACAGCAGGAACGUACAUAUUAUUUGAUAUCAGAGGUCGUUUGCAGAUCUGUUCUUAAUUAUGCAAAGCCAUCCUGUAACACAGGGGGAAGAGAAAUGUCACAUGAAGAGGGAGGAAAAAAAAAGCCGAUGAGAAAAUCAUGCAUUUUACAGACUGACUGAAAUAAAGGGUUGCCUUUCCGUCCAGUUCUCAGUCUAGGAAAAUAGAACCUUUCCUAGGACGGGUGCCACAGCAGAGCCGGGACUACCGGGACUACCGCGCCCUUCCAACACAGGGUGGCUGGUGCAUGGCACAGUGCUUGGUGCCCCGCAAGUGCCUGAUUUUAGUAUAUGUCUUGGGACAUACCCAUAGCGAGAAUCUGGAAUGUUAAAGAAAAAUUGGAAAUCUUACAGAAAUUUUUGUGAAGUAGUAAUAAUUAUGCCAAAGAAUUAUGAUUUCAAUGGAUUUGGGGAGAUCUCACGCUGUUGCCCAUGCUGGCCUUGAACUCCUGGGUUCCACAGGUCCUCCUACGUCGGUCUCUAGAGUAGCUGGGAUUACAGGCACACGCUGUCCUGCCUAGUUCCAGGGUAAAAAAUGAAGGUUCCUGUAGUUGAGGAUGUAAAGGAUGAACUUGGAGAGGAAAAAGCAGAAGAACAUGAAGAAGACAAGGUGUUUCUUAAGCCUGUUAUUGAAGACCUAAGCAUGGAACUGGCCAGAAAAUGCACUGAACUCAUUAGUGAUAUCCGUUAUAAAGAAGAGUAUAAAAAGUCUAAGGACAAGUGUACAUUUGUGCCUGACACUCCUAUGCUCAACCAUGUAAAAAAUAUUGGUGCUUUUAUUUCUGAGGCAAAAUACAAAGGCAGGAUGAAGGCUGAGCUUUCCAACUCUCUUUACAAGCGGAUGCCGGCCACCAUCGACAGCGUCUUCGCACGGGAAGUUUCCCAGCGUCAGAGCGAGGUUGUCUAUAAGCAGAAACAUGGUGCUGGCAAAGGACUCUCAGAUUACGCCCGGAUGAAGGAGCCGCCUGAGGUCAAACAUGCCAUGGAGGUCACAAAACACCAAAGCAACAUUUCUUACAGGAAAGACAUACAGGACACCCACAGUUACACGGCAGAGCUCGACAGGCCGGACAUCAAGAAGGCAACCCAGAUCUCCAAGAUCAUAAGCAACGCAGAGUACAAGAAAGGGCAAGGAGUAAUGAAUAAAGAGCCUUCUGUAAUUGGAAGACCAGAUUUUGAACACGCCGUGGAAGCUUCUAAACUUUCUAGUCAAGUUAAAUAUAAAGAAAAAUUUGAUAAUGAAAUGAAGGAUAAGAAACAUCAUUACAAUCCCCUUGAAAGUGCUUCUUUUAGGCAAAAUCAGCUUGCAGCCACACUGGCGAGUAAUGUGAAUUACAAGAAAGACAUUCAAAAUAUGCACGCCCCGGUUUCAGAUGUCCCAAAUUUGUUGUUUUUACACCAUGCCUUGAAAGCCAGCAAAAUGCUCAGUGGAAGAGAGUAUAAAAAGCUGUUUGAGGAAAACAAAGGCAGGUACCAUUUUGAUGCCGACGCCUCGGAACACCUGCAUCAUAGAGGCAACGCCGCCCUCCAGAGUCAGUUUAAAUAUAAAGAAGAGUAUGAGAAAAAUAAGGGAAGGUCAAUGCUUGAAUUUGUUGAGACGCCAUCGUAUCAAGCAUCAAAGGAAGCCCAAAAGAUGCAAAGCGAGAAAGUUUACAAAGAGGAUUUUGAGAAGGAGAUUAAAGGAAGGUCUUCACUGGAUUUAGACAAGACUCCUGAAUUUUUACAUGUGAAAUACAUAACCAACCUUCUGAGGGAGAAAGAAUAUAAAAAAGAUUUGGAAAAUGAAAUAAAAGGGAGAGGAAUGGAACUUAAUUCGGAAGUUCUGGAUAUUCAGAGAGCAAAACGAGCAUCUGAAAUAGCAAGUGAGCAAGAGUACAAGAAGGACCUGGAGUCAGUAACUAAAGGGAAGGGAAUGCAAGUUGGCAUCGACACCCUGGAAGUACAGUGUGCCAAAAAAGCUACUGCGCUAGGCAGUGAGAAAGAUUACAGAAGAGAUCUGGAGACUGAAGUGAAAGGGAAAGGCAUGCAGGUCAGCGCGGACACUCUCGAUGUCCAGAGAGCUAAGCGCGCGUCCGAGAUGGCCAGCGAGAAACAAUAUAAGAAAGACUUAGAAAGUGAAAUUAAGGGGAAAGGAAUGCAGUUGAGCAUGGAUAUCCCAGGCGUGCUUCAAGCCAAGAGGGCAUCUGAAAUCUUCAGCCAGAAAAAGUAUAAAGAUGAAGCAGAGAAAAUGCUUUCUAACUAUUCCACUGUGGCAUAUACUCCUGAAAUUCAGAGAAUUAAGACAACUCAACAAAACAUUAGUACGGUAUUUUAUAAGAAGGAAGUAGGAGCUGGCACAGCAGUAAAAGGGACUCCAGAGAUUGAACGAGUGAAGAAAAAUCAGCAAAAUAUUAGUUCAGUAAUGAAAUACAAAGAAGAGAUUAAACAUGUAACAGUCAUUUCUAAUCCUCCAGAGCUAAAGAGAAUUAAAGAAAACCAUAGGAAUGUCACCAAUGUGCUCCAGUAUAAAGAACAGAACUAUACGGCCACACCAGUAAGUGUGACCCCAGAGAUAGAAAGAGUGAGGAGGAACCAGGAGCAGCUGAGUGCGGUCAAAUACAAAGAAGAGAUUACACAAGCAACUCCCAUUUCUGACCCACCAGAGUUGAAAAGAGUGAAAGAAAACCAGAAGAAUAUCAGCAAUGUUUAUUAUAAAGAUCAGCUGGGAAGGGCUACAGCUUUGAGUAUAACUCCCGAAAUGGAAAGAGUAAAGAAGAAUCAAGAAAACAUUAGCUCGGUAAAAUAUACCCAGGACCAUAAACAAAUGAAAGGUAGACCAAGUCUGAUUUUAGAUACACCUAGUCUGAGACAUGUUAAAGAAGCACAAAAUCGUAUUUCAAUGGUAAAAUAUCACGAAGACUUUGAGAAGACGAAGGGGAAGGGCUUCACUCCUGUCGUGGACGACCCCGUGACAGAGCGCGUGAGGAAGAACACCCAGGUCGUCAGCGAUGCUGCCUACAAGGGGGUCCAGCCUCACAUCGUGGAGAUGGACAGGAGGCCUGGCAUCAUUGUGGACCUCAAAGUGUGGCGCACGGACCCCGGCUCCAUCUUCGACAUUGAUCCCCUGGAAGACAAUAUUCAGUCUAGGAGUCUGCACAUGCUCUCGGAAAAGGCGAGUCUCUAUAGGAGACACCGGUCUCGAUCUCACUCCAGCAGUACCUUUGGUACAGGUCUAGGAGACGACAAGUCAGAAAUCUCCGAGCUUUACCGCAGCAUUUCAUGCUGCAGUGAGGCAACGAGACCGUCCGAGGAAGGAGCGCCUGUGCUCCCCGGGGCCUACCAGCAGAGCCACUCCCAAGGCUACGGGUACAUGCACCAGACAAGCGUGUCUUCCGUGAGGUCUAUGCAGCAUUCCCCAAGCCUGAGGACCUACCGAGCCAUGUACGAUUACAGUGCCCAGGACGAGGAUGAGGUCUCUUUCCGGGACGGAGACUACAUCGUCAACGUGCAGCCCAUCGACGACGGCUGGAUGUACGGCACGGUGCAGCGGACCGGCAGGACGGGCAUGCUCCCGGCCAACUACAUCGAGUUCGUGAAUUAGUUCUUUCCCCUGCCCUUUGAGCUUUAUUCUAAUGUAUUCUAAACCUAAUCUUUUUAAAACCUAGAAGAUACUUUUAAGACAACUCGGCAGUUAUUUUCCAGUCAUGUAUCCUUAUUUUGACAAUUAGACACAAGGUACCGGGAAGUAGGAAUGACUUUGGGCUGAAAACAGCAGCAUCCUCAGUAAUUCCUGUAAACAAGAUCCUGAUGUCCGGAGACCUGGUGCUGCUAAUUGUGUUUGUGGUUUCCUUUGAUUGGCUCCUGAGCCCUUCCGGGAAAUGUAUUUUUGUAGACUUUAAUAGAGAUGCUGAUUGUCCCUAAUAUGUAAUGAGUGUAUGAAACUUCUUAGCUGUCCCUUUGGAAUAACCAGAAACCAAUUCUUUUAACUCAACAACAUAGCCAGUAACUUACAAACUGUUUAGCUUUUGAGUCAUUAGGCAAUUUCCAAUUCACGUGAAAAUUGCCUGCUACAAUAAAUGUAAGCAGUGGCAGAAUGACAGCCUGGCUUGAAUCACAUUGAGCAGGUGGCCUUGGGAAGGAACAGAAAUCUCCCUGUUUCCUAGGCCCCCUGGGGUCUGUUUAUGUCUUGUCUGUCCCAAGGCAUCUCCUCCUUUCCGCUUACAUUCUCUGGACCCGAGAUUAUGCUUGGUCCCCCAGAAUGUCUGCACCAAAUAAUGCUGCGGCCACUCCUCAGAGGGCAAAGUUCGAUGUCAUCCGUUUCCUUUCCCUCGCAGCCUCUACCCUGUUGCAUGUCCUGUGGGUUUGGCUUCUGUUACUAAAGCAAACUGCGUGGCUGAUCUGUACAAGCCCUGUCUGUCCUCUAGUUACCAGCUCAUCAGAAAACCAUCUUUAAAAGUUGCUUGAGAUCUUCUUGCUGUAUUGCACUCUAGAUUUGAAGGACUGAUACCUUAGGAAAUACAUGUGUACACUAGUAAAUAAAUGAUAUAAGUAUUUCCUGAACAGCUUUCAUUAGCUUAAUGCCACUUUUGAAUUGAAAGUGAAGAAAAUUUAACAGGAUCCAAUGAAAUAUGAAAUUUGGAUUGUACUAAAAAAAAAAAAAAUCCCAGCAAGUGAAUUUGCUUUGCACAGAGAUAUGUGGUUUCUUAUUUUGGAAAAUGAUACUCAGACUCAGAAAUGGAAAUCUAGUCGCUAAGACUGAUUCAUCAAAGAGACUUCUUUUCUACUCACUGGUUUUUGUUUUCUAAAUUACCUUCAAAAGAUGAGAUAGGAAUAUCAUCAGAGAUUUUUCAGGGCAGCCUGAAAAAGAAAUGAUCAUGUUUCGAGUCACUUUUGCAGGCUUUUGCUAGAUAAGUAUAAACCAUGCUGGAUUUGCUCAGCACCUGCAGCGCAGGUCACUGACAGACUGACGUCCAGUGGCAGCUCUGUGUUUUUCUGGUUAUAGCCUUUAUUGUGAUUUGGAACAGGGUAGCGUUCCUAUAGGAUCUGACUGCAUCAUGACAAAAUUAAAAAUGUCAAAGGGACAAAAAAAAUGUAAGAAAGUGUCUUGGGAGUAUCUACCUUUUGUGUUCAAAGAGAUUAACGAAACAUCCUGUUAAGACAUCUUUUAUUGGAGUGUUUUCUGGUCUAAAGGCCACAGCUGGUUCGUUUAUACCUUUAAGGAGUUAACAACAUGCUUUUGAAAAUCUGCACUUUCCUUUUAUUAACUUUAAAGAGCAAAAUAAGCUUCAUCCCACUAAAGCUGUAUCUGCAUGGCACUGAUAUAAAAUCAAAAAGAGAAAAAUUCAGGCAAAUUGUUAGAGGAUUUUUUGGAAAGGGUUUUUACAGAUUACCGAAUAAUCACCCUAACUGAUUUUCUAUCACUGAAAUGGCCAGUCAUGAUUCAAUUGAUAAAACUCUGCCUGUCUUGAUGUCUUGUGUAUAGACCUAAUUUUGCAGAAAUCUGUGCAUUAAAACCAAGGGCCACAAGCCUGCUCAGUUUUCUAAAUAUGACUUUAUAUAUCACUUAGGCAGACCACUUUUGUAUGUGGUUAUGAAAAAUAAUCGUCUUCAGACUAAACGUAGGACAGGUACAGAUUUUACUAAAUAAUAGCACAUGUACAGGAAGGAAGGAAACAGACUUGCAGUAAUGAUUGUAAUCAGGAAAGGUUCCAUACAAUAUAGCAGCUGUUAUUUCAUGUUUCUUCAUCCACUGAUUUCAGAAUCAGAGUCACCGAAUGUAAAAGUAAAUACAUAUUUGGGGAAUAUGUAUUGUGCCCUAAAAUUUUAAGCUACACACAAUGUUUGCAUUGCAAGAUGUUUCUUCUUUAAGCCUUUAGGAGUUAAGAUCUGAUCAGAAUUCAGUAGAGAGUAUUUUCAAUAAAGACUGAGGCAGAACACGUUGUUGCAUGCUGUUGAGGUUUACACCUCGACCAUGUUGGAAUUGUCACUAACACUUGUCAGCAGAGUACAGAAAACCUAUGUGUGGGACGUCACAGUGCUGCUUUUAUCGCAUCAUUUAAAAACCUACAAUCAUGGACAGCUUUUCCAUUUUCCACAUGCCUCCUGCCCCCCUUCAGUUUGAUAAACUACACUGACAGCUAAGAAAGAGUUUAAAAGCAAGUCCUUUAAAAACGAAGUUAAAGGACACUGUGCCUGCCAAGCACAGAAAGCGUGCGUGCGCUCCCCAAAUUGGAUGGGCUCUCAAACUGGACAGAA